AUGGGAGGAGCUUUAUCAUCAAUACCAGAUAGAAUGAUUAGUCAACAAAAGAUAUUACAACAAGAUAUGAUGGAAAAGAAUAUAAAGAAUCAAAUUAGAUUUCAAGAUAGAAUGUUGAGAAAACAAAUAGCAAUGCAAAUAGCUAUUACAAGAGAAAGAACUUAUUGGUGUAUAGCAUUGGCUACAGUAGGUUGGAUAGGUGUAGCUGUCAAGAAGGUUCCAAAGAUGGCAGCAGCUCCAUUAAGUCUAUUUACAUUGGUGACAGCGUAUCAAGCCGAUCUAGCAUUUUACACCAAAGCAAAUAGAAUUAAAAAGAUGGCAGAAGAUAUUGAAAAUGAUCCAUCUUAUUGGUUUGUUCCAACUGAUCCAGCAGGAGGUCAACCAUAA